UUCGAACACAUUUGCUGGACCACCCACCUUGAACGAUCGAUGUCGCUGUCAGAGGGAGGAAGUGAGAGGCCGAUGGCCACUUCGUCCGCGAUACCUGACGCCCGCAGAAUACGAAGCUACUUCUUGCGACUGCCACUUGCGACAAGAGCGGUGCUCUUCCUGCUCACGGCCUUUUAUGUGGCGCACCUGUUUGCGCCUGCGCUCACACACUGGGGAGCUUUGAUACCUCAGGAGAUACGCUUGGACACAUUAUACCGGCUCAACACAUACCCUUUCCUCCACCGUAACAUCCUGCAUUUCGCACUCAACUGCUUCGCCCUACUGCCUCUGCUCGAGCGUUUCGAGGCUGAACACGGCACUGUCGUGACGUUCAUCCUCUUCACUGGUAUGUUUGGGACACUGCCAGGUAGCCUCUAUACGCUGCUCGAGCGAUACGUUUUCCACCUAAACGGUGCCGCUGUAGGAGCAAGUGUAUGGGUGUUUCUCUUGUUGGCCAACGAGGCAGUGAAGACAUACAGAUCCAACCCCUACUUCGAACUUGCAGGCGUCAAGAUUCCCACGUGGACGACGCCGAUUUUCUUCAUCCUGGUGAUCAACUUCCUCGUGCCGCACACGAGCUUCCUCGGCCACAUGUGCGGCGCGGCAGUCGGUUAUCUGUGGGGGCUGGGAUAUAUCAGGUUCCUGGCGCCGCCUGAUUGGGUGCUGAAGUUCAUCGAAGGCAAGCUCAACCUACUUGGACGGCUGCCACACUACGUCAGUGUCGACCAGAAGACAUACGGCAGGUAUGGCGUCCUUCCUUCGACUGGGAACGCGCGUGUCGGGCCUGGUAGAGGACCACUCGGUGCGACCAACGGCGUGGCGCUGGGUCCGGUUGGAAGCACGCAGAGACUGGGACCUUGAGGUACCAUCUCUUGCGCCACAACGGGUUACGACUCAAAGAUGUAUUAGACAAGUUCAACCUUUAUCGUUGCGGGAGAUCCGAGCACCAGAUUUGGCUGGUAGCGAUAUUUCAACCUCCAGCCCCUGCUGGCGCAGAUGCAAGUUGCUCUGUGCGAUCGAGAGGAUCUCGGAACCCGUAAGCUCUGCAAAGCGCGCAAUGACAUCGUCUGCUCAGCAGUAUGUGGCAG